AUGUCUAUGUCAUCAGUUAGCAUGUUGAGCGCAUCUACAUCUACCGUAGAUAACCACAAACUCCAUGUGUCGGCUUAUGCUGCACUCAUGCCGCAAGAAGAGAAGACCAGUGCCGCCGAAGUCGUAGCUGCUGCCGAGACCCUCUUCAGCUAUAACAAGAGUCCAGACUUUUGUAAACCCUUUUGGGAAACGACGAUCAAACCCUCAACAGCCAAGGAGAAUGCGCCGAAAAACGCGAAGGGGCGGACACCACUGCCGCUCGCCCCAUCAGAGCGUCGGCUACAAUCAUCUAAGCCCGCCGCAAUGUCAGAGACGGCGAUGAAGUCUUCUGCGGCCUCGCAGGAUGAGUUCCAGCCAGAGCGGGCAGCAGAGCCCAAGAGAGAGACAAAGCUGGAGACCGCGCCGGCCUAUGCUGCGGUCUCACAGAACACACCACAGGCCCCGUCUCAGGAGGGCACCGAGCCGGCGUUGAAGCAAGCCCCUAACAAGAUGCAGUGCCUCUGCACCAAGUGUAUGGAUUCAUCCAUGGGUCAGGGUAAAGAACAGUCCAAGGCAACUUGGGCCGAGCACAGCCGGGCCGAAAAGAGACACAACGAAGGCAGGCCAGCCAAGAUAAAGUGCAGCAGGUGCAAUACACUCAAUAAGCCCUGCAUGGUAGAUGAUACUGGAGCAUCUUGCGCAGCAUGUACAUGGGUCAAAGAGAAAUGCUGUCGCGACGGCGCCAAAUCGAACCGUCAUCGAUCUGGCGGAGACGGGACGCACCCAAAGAAGUCACCGAAGCUGCCCGUCGCGGACGCGGUGGUGACCAAGCAGGCCAAACGGAAAGCUUCGGAGCCCAUAGAGGGCCCGAAGAAGGCACAGAAGCUGGCAGACGGGGGCAGACACACCUUUGCCGAGGACGCCAAGGCGGAGCCGGAAGAGUCCUCCUUCUCUUCAUACACUGCAAAGGCAACAUACGGCGAAAACAACAUACCUGUUGUCGGUGCCCCCCCUAAUCCCUGUAGGUGGAUGGCCGUCAACUCGUAA